AUGAUGAGUGUACACCCUGGGACAGGACAUGUGACUGGUGAUCUAUUGAACGACAAGUGCAUCACGUCUAUGUCGCAGAAAACGGACAUGGAUCCAUUACCUGUUGAGGGAGAUCAGCCAGACACAUCGGAUCUGGAUCUUACCUGGGACUCAGAUCAAAAUUAUGAUGAAUGCGUAUAUUACCAUGAAGGAAGUGAUCUAUUCGCCAAAGAUGUCGAUGGUCAGAUGGCGGUGUUGCCCGAAGUACCUGUGGCGACGGAAGAUGUGAAGAUCGAAGACAUUCAACUAUGCGGAUCUGACAAUGAAACUCCAGAGGAAGUCGAGCGACUCCGCCAAAAGAUCUUUAAGUUCCGACAUCUCUUGAUCGGGAAGGGAAAUGCCCUUCCGCCGGCAGCUAGAGGCGUGGUAUGUGACAUCGACGUCGGGGGUGCGAGACCCAUCCCCCUCAAGCGUCGUAAGUUGCGGAUCCAGUUCAGGGAGAAGCUAGCAGACCUGAUCAACGGUCUAUAG